AUGGCUCAUCCAACUCCUCUCAUUGGUGGCACUGGUUACACUGGCCAGGGCGGCCAGGAGUCUGAGGACUAUGAGAGCGAGGAGCAGCUGCAGCAUCGAAUCCUCACAGCAGCGCUGGAGUUUGUGCCUGAACAUGGCUGGACUGCAGAAGCCAUUGCAGAGGGAGCCAAGACGCUGGGUCUCUCUGUUGCUGCUGCAGGGAUGUUUCACAGCGAUGGCAGUGAACUGAUCCUGCACUUCGUGUCUCAGUGCAACACCAAACUGUCUGAGCUGCUGGAGCAGGAGCAAAAACUAGUGCAGCUGGGUGAAGCUGAGAAGAAGCCUACAGAUCAAUUCCUGAGGGAUGCUGUGGAAGCCAGGCUGAGGAUGCUGAUUCCAUAUAUUGACAAAUGGCCCCAGGCCCUGAGCAUCCUGUUGCUCCCACACAACAUCCCAACCAGCCUCAGCCUUCUCACCAGCAUGAUCGAUGACAUCUGGCACCAUGCUGGAGACCAGUCCACAGAUGUAAGUCCUUGUGCUGGGCAGACUGGCUGGCUGGAGCAGUUUAACUGGUACACUCGUCGGGCUGUGCUCACUGGCAUCUACAACACCACGGAGCUGGUGAUGAUGCAGGAUUCAUCCCCUGACUUCGAGGACACUUGGCGCUUCCUGGAAAACCGCGUUGCUGACGCCAUGAACAUGGGCAACACAGCGAGCCAGGUGCAGUCGACUGGAGAAGCGCUGGUCCAGGGCCUGAUGGGAGCUGCUGUUCCCUGGCAGUGUUGA